GUAUUUUAUUUAAUUUUGCCAAUCCGUGCGGAGUAAUAUUAUUUGACAUAAAUUUGUGAAAAACAUGAGAACUUCAAGUGUGGUACAAUAUGCGCUUCGUAUGAGUUUUGGACAGGUUUAAAAACAACCCAAAAGUCGGAACACUACUUUCAUAUACAUACAUACUCAUGGAACAGAGCACAUUUCAACCUGGUGAUAUCUGUCUGGAAUGUCAGCAGAAUGGGGAAAGCCACAAGUUGCGAACAUUUUAUAUUGACAUAGAUGAACAAAUGGUUAAAUGUGAAAGUUCAUCUUGCAUAUAUCCGUAUGAGAAUGAUUUUUCCGAUUCAGAAGAUGAAAAUAAUGCCGAAGCAAAUAAAAGUUGUUCCUCCGAACCAAAUUCUCUACCCAAUCUUGAUGUAAUUUCUUUUGCUAAUAAUGAAUGCGACGAUGCAGACAGUGUACGCUUUGUGGAAGCAUUACUUAGCAACCCUAACGAAAUUGAGAAAACCACCGUGGUAAUAAAUACAAAACAGGAGCCAAGUCAAUCUGAAAUGUUGAAUCAAAAUAUCGGAUUAGAGAACGAAGCCGAAAGUGCUACAACAUCUGUCACAUUGGAUACGUCUUUGCAAUCAAAUGAUACCGAUCAUACAGAAGGUGUUUCUUUUAUUGACGCUUUAUUUAGAAACUGUGAAGCUGAAACAACUAAAAUGUGCGAAUCAGAAUCCUUAGAGUUUAUUCCAAUCCUUCCGGCACCGUCUCCAACAUUUGAUAUGCCUAUAAUAAGUUUUGACUUCAGCAAUAACCUUCCUGUUGCAAUAAAGCAAGAACACCUUCCUAAAGAAGAUAUUAAACCACAAAUCGAAAUUCAAUGCAUACAGACAGUGAAAGCGGGAUUUACAAGUACUACGAAUGCAGAUAAUACGACGAAUAUGCCAAAAGUUUCCAUAAAAUCUCUUGAAUUAAUUAAAACCGAGUAUAUUAAGGAGAAACCAGUAGUGCAGACACCGGCAACCAAACAGCCAUCAGAGCAAACAGAUGCGACUAGCUCGAAUAACGAUACUAAAGUGCGCAUUUCUCGUUACUUUGAUACUUUGCGCGUGAAACAGGAAAUGUUUCCAAAGACAUUUACAAAACGUAAGAAACGCACAAAUAAACAACAACAGCAACCAGCAAAAUCGGAGAACGCAGCUGGGAGCAGUUUGGUAAAUGUGCUUGCAGUGGUGAGGAACAAAACGCAGAAAUGAAUAGACGACGAAUUGGUGACAGCCUCUGGAACAAGUUUUGUGUCGUUUUAUUGGCAAAACAAAUUUUUAGGUUGUCAUAGUCUUCAGCACAGUCGUCGAGCAGUGUCUUCACCACAGCCUCUCCUGAACGCGUAGUGCCACGUUCCGCUACCAUGAUGGCCGUCUUUGGAAUUGCAAUCUCCUCAUUCAGCUUGAAACAGAUGUUAGCCAGCAGCGGAGCAAACAAAUCCACAGAUGCAGCACUAACAUUGCGCAAACUUUAAAUAAAAAUACGCAUAAAAUGGCAAA